CUUAACUCCAGCGACAGCCUGCACAACUGCCUGUCUGCGUAGGAGCUGUCAUGAGCAGGAGCUGCUGUCGCCUCAGUCUGCCUCUUAACUUUGUGACUUUUGGAUCUUGCUGCUGUUUUUCAUUAAAACUGAGACGGACGCUUACAAGAGGAAGUUGAGAAAGUGCUGUGAACUGCCAGCAGCAGAGCAGAAGCCGGGCACCUCAUUCUGUUUUAUUUCCUUGUGGAUUGUUGCCUCCAAAGACUGAAUAGUAAGCAUCUGCUGUUAACCUUUUGCGGUCUCGUUCUUUGAGACGAGUUGAUAUGGAAUGUGACCCCUGACACUGUGUAGCUGGGUGCUUUUGGAAUAAAAGUGAUCAGUGCUGAAAAGGGAGUGGGGACAAAAGCCACAAAAAAGCUUUUGGUCUUCUCACUAUGCCAGUAGAAACUCUGCAGGCUGACAGAAUGGUCCGGCAAGUUUCAUCCAGCGCAACCUUCACAUCUGCCAUGCCUUUCCGAAUCCUCAACAAGGGGCCGGAAUAUUUCCGUCGACAGCCUGAGCCCAGCAGCAAGAAGCCCAGCGCAGUCGAGCGACUGGAGGCCGACAAGGCAAAGUAUGUCAAGAGCCAGCAGGUUGUCUGCACCCGGCAGGAGCCUGUGAAACCGCCGGUGAUUAAGAAACCCCUGACCCCUGCUAUCCUGCAAAACACCCCCACCAGGAAAGCACCUCUGGCACUGCGAAGGGGGGAAGGACGAAAGAACAUUCUUAAUGUGGAUAUCUUGAAUAAUCUAAUCAAUAUCUGCGACAGCCCCCUGUCCUCUCCCAAACUUGUGCCUGAAGGCGCUGCUGUCACAAAACCGCAGACGCCUAAAUGGGAAAAGCAAAUUUCUGCCGAGCAGCCCACAGGAUAUUCCAAACUUUCGGACAGCUGCAGCACCCUGUGCAAGAAUGCACCCAGUUCGGUGACGGUGCGGAGAGUGGACGUUAAACCUCUGGUGACGCAACAGCCGAAACAGAAACCCCUGGUCUUCAUCAGCCCCCCUCCGCCAUCUCCUGCCAUCACUAGGAUUUCAUCCACCAGUUCCAGAAGUUCCCGAAAGGGCACAGCAGAAAGUGGACGCAAGCAGCCCUCGUUGCACCGCUCCAAAUCGGACUUGAGUGACAGGUACUCUCGGGCCACCGCUGACUUGGAGCGCUUCUUUAACUACUGUGGCUUAGACCCCCAGGAGAUUGAGAACAUUGGUGUCGAGCACUUUGUACGGGCCAGCUCGGAUAUUGUUUCCAACAAGUUUCCCAGUGUCAGCACACCCAGUUCGGAGUGCGGCCAAUCCCAACAGAGCAACCACACGGAGGAGAAGUCCAAUGAGCGUGUGCCCUAUGGCAUCUCCAUCAUUGAGAGGAAUGCCCGGGUCAUUAAGUGGCUAUAUGGAAUCCGGCAAGCCAGGGAUACGCAGAAGGUCUCCAAUGUGUAGUUUGAAUGGACAAAAUGGCCACGCUCUUAAGUGACUUCCCAUUGAUCUGACUGCUUUCAUUUUUAUUUUGAAAUGAUUGACUUCUUAAAAAAUGGGUUUGUUUCUUUUUUUUUUUUUCUCUCUUAAUAUAGUGCCCUUUAAAUGAAUGGGGGGGGGGGGGGGGGGGGGGGGAGUGUUAAGUGGCAAAAGUGAAAGAGGCUUUAAGGAUGAUCCACAAAAAGAGCUGAAAAUGCAGAUUACAAUAGAAGUGCUGCAAAUGAAAUGUAAUCAAGAGUCAUCACUGGUCAAUGCCACUGAUGAACCUGACGUUUAAUGUUUAGUUAGUCUAGCUUCAAAGCAAGUUGUAGUGGGGGGGGUUAAAGCCACGAAAUGUCAUGUAUGUCUGCACCUUUUCAUUUAGAGCAGUGAGGGGCUGGCAAUUUUGUGUACUUUUGAGUGCAGAUUGAAUCCCCUUUCUUUCACUGUGGGGAGGUGUGGUUGCUCUUUGUGAUGCUGUUAGUUUUGCUUCUUGUUCCCACUCGCCGGUGAGCUUUCACAAGGUGUCGCACGUUUUGGUUUAGGUAACAGCCUUGCCGGGAGCAUAUGGAAAAUAUGUGGAAAAUGGCAUUAGAGCGGUCACGCAAAUUAAUGAAAAGACAAAAAAGGAAGCUUGUCGUUGAUUUUGACAGAUUAAACGACUGUGAUGGGACUGAAUUCAUAGCUUUUCCAGGCACUGAGGAGGUAUGAAUGGACUGUGAACAGAUUGUUUGUCUGCUUUCCUGUGUUAGAAUCGGACAGCUUUUAGGGCGCCUUUUGUGUCAGAGGAGUAGCAAAAGGCACCAGCAACCCCUCUCCCCCCCCCCCCCCCCCAUCCACUUAUGUAAUCAGUUUUUGCACCACCACUACAGGUCAGGCCUCUUCAUCUCGCACCAAAGAUUCUACCGAAUGCCUGGAGCACAUAUUGGUUACAUCUGCUCUCCAUUAUUUAUUUCAUGUGUGUGUGCGUGUGUGUGGCACAGAGAGCAGUUUUUUGUUUAGCCAGACAGAAAGAUGCAGAUAAGAUUGGGGGGGUUGGUUGGCACAGUAUCUGGUAAAUAUUGAACAACACGUACGAUUGGUUACGACUAGAAAUGAAACACGACCUAUUACACCCACUGCUUACUCACAUCACUGGAAAGAACUGGUACUAAUGGUACGAAAUCCUGGAAAGUUUCAAGCUUUGUCGAUUUGAAAGGGGGGGGGGGGGGGGGUCAGCCUAACCAGGUGCAUGAAUCAAACGUGACUUCACAAUGUGGGCUGUGUUUCAAACAUGUGGGUUUGUUGUCAAGUUAAACUCUGGUCCUGUCGAGCAUUCUGGGGAAACUCCGCUCUUAGUGUAUUAAUGUCAAUUUUGUGGUUUUUUUUUUUUUUUCUGGAAUGAAAAUGUACUUUUAAAUGUAAAGUUGGGGAGGCAGGGGUAUAUCAAAGAACUAUUUGAAAUUUAAAUAAGAUUUUUUUCAUUCAUAUUUAUUAAGCCAGAGUAAUAUAUGUGUUUCUAGACAUAAACCGCUACCUGAAGAAUAUAUGAAGUGAAGAGGGUGAUAAAGGAGCAGAAGUUGAACGUUUAGGCAAAGGCCGACAAUUGUUCCCACUGGUUUUUUGUUUUUUUUUACCUCCAGCUUUGUUCCUACUAAUUAUUUGUGUAGUCCAGUUGUUGUCAUCUUUCCUUUUGUUCACUUAGUUUUAUCAUUUGUAACUAAACCUCAUCACCCCUCAAAUAGAAAGUGAAGCCAAUCUAAAGGCUAAACGUACGCCUGCUUUGUGGAAUUACCCACCGGUCACUUGACAAAAGGGCUCUUGUCUUCCAUUGUGCUGACACUGUGGUUCUAAUAUUUAUAAAUAUAUAUAAUUAAUUUUUUCCUUCAGCUCUGGGCUGAUUGUGCAGCUUAUAUAUCAUGUUCGACAAAGUUCAUAAGUGUACACGUGAUUUUUUUUUUUUGUUUGUUUUGGAGCACUAAAAGAAGAGACGGACGAGGGAGCCGUUGGCUUUAAGUGCCACCCAGCCCAGCUGGUGGUGGUGGUGGGUGUGUACGUCUGUUGUGUAAUUUUGCCUGGGCAUCAGGAGGCAGCCGCCUUUGCCUUGAAAGGUUACACCUCAAGUGUGUUUCUCCGUGUGUGUUUUGUGCAUUUGCUCCUUAUUAUUUUCAGUUUACAUUAAACUGUCUACAAAUUGAUUUAAGACAUUUCAGAUCUGCACCGACAUGAAUGAAACGGCACAUUUUUAAUGUCCUCUUGUUCUUGUAGGGCAUUUAUAACACCAGCUUCAUUUUGUGAAAAGAAGAAAAUAAUUAGUACUGUUUUUUUUUCUGUACUGUAAAUAUUUUUCAUGGCAAAAUAAAUAUACAUUCCUAAA